AACGAAUACUCUUCAAAAUGGCCUUUCGCUUAUUAACACGAUCUAUUGGACAGCCAGUUAUUCGAACCCCUAUUUCGUCAUGUUUAUAUACCACAACAUCCACUGAAGCAUCAUCGGCCUCCAAAUUUGCUGAUUCUGUCACAAAGAAGUUUAUUGGUCAAGCUAAGAAAGGUCAAAUAGGAAGACGAUUCAAUACGCCCUCGAAAUUCGUCAUCAUUGAAGAUUUACCUUCAACAGCAACCACUGAAGAUGUACGAAAAUUGGCCCGUGAAGCUUUCAGUCAAGGAGAUAAAAGUAUUCGUGAAACUAUUUUCUGUCGUAAUUAUGAAUUCAAGUUCUUUGGUCGUUGUGUAGUAAUGAUGGAUUCUGAAGAAAAUGCUUGUAAAUUAUUGGAUUAUGGUAAUCGACGCUUAGUUGGUGGACAGGCGAUCAAAAUGAAUUUUGCUGGCAAUGAAUCAAAAAAUUCGAAUGAAUUCAUCAACAAACUUCGACGACCAGAAUUGGUCUCAAUGGCAGAUACUACCAGUGCAGCAGGUCGAUCAGUGAUUUUGACAGGACUUCCUCCAAAAACAAAACGUGACCAAGUAUUAGGUAUUCUUCGAUCCAAGAAUCUAUUCCCUGUAGAAGGUGUAUCUGACAAUGUUAUAUCAUUAAGAACUAAGAAUCAAUCCACAGUAUCGAAAUUCUUGAUCAAGUUUGACUCUGAACCUGAAGCUUGGAGGUGUGUACGGGCAUUCCACAAUACGAAUUUCAAUUUAAAGCAGAAAAAUAGUGAUUAUCGUCUCUCCGUCUCUGUGGCCUAUUAGAAAUAGAAUAGAAUAGAAUUAGAACAGUCAUACUAGUUAUAGAUUAUGAACAAUCAUCAAAAAUAAAAGGAAUAUCAUGGAAAACAACGUGGUCAUGUUGCAC